AUGAUGUUAAAGUUCGUUCUCCGACCAUUUCCUUGCCGCCGGAUUCCGGCCGGAAGUCGAAGCGUAGGUUCCAGUCAUUUCCCGACCGUUUCCUGCAAACUUCGAGCUGGAAACGGUCAGGAACUGAUCGGAUAUUUCCUGUGCAAUUCCGGCCGGAAUCCGGCGGCAAGGAACCUACCGGAACUUGCUGGAAUCGGCGAAAACUGUGCCGGAAUCGAGAAGAGCUGUACCGGAACCGACUCAGGUUUCAACGGAUCCAGUCGUCGGAAUGAUCGACCUGGGAGUUUACCAUUCCGAUGCAUAGGUAAAUCAAAUCAUUUCAAUAGUUAUGCUACUGGAUAG